AAGCGCUCAGAGGCAGAAGCAGCUCACUGUAAAGUUAUAUAUACUAAACUUUUAAAGAAGAACCUAAAAACUACCGGAUACACUCAAACAAGAGGAAAGGACUAGCUUCGAUAUUCUUAAAACUUUGUUUAAACCGUUUUAUUUUCUCUGAACAAAUAGCCGGAACAAAGGACUCGCCGCUUCAAACAUUACUUUUGGGGAAACCUAAACUUCUGUUUCACUGCCGUACAAGCUUUAUGUAUCUGGAUUUACUAUUUAAAUCCCGCCGUCCUACUAUGGUCAUAAUGGAGGUCCCCACCAUCCACUGUGAGUCCCUCCGUUGCUUGUUGGAGGACGAGGUCCCGGGCUGCCUGGUGCUGGACUGCCGCUCCUUCCUGUCCUUCAACUCGUCCCACAUAUCGGGCUCUACCAACGUGCGCUUCAGCACCAUAGUGCGCCGGAGAGCCAGGGGAGGUCUAGGACUUGAGCACAUUGUCCCCAACGAGGACACAAGGAACCGACUCCUGUCCGGGGAGUACCAGUCGGUCGUGCUGCUCGACGACCGCAGUUCGGACUUAAGCCAGGCGAAGAAAGACGGGACGUUGAUGCUCGCUGUUACGGCCCUGCGUCGCGACCCCUGUGGAGCCAGGGUUUUUAUUCUCAAAGGUGGUUUUGAGACCUUUUCCACAGAGUAUCCAGAUACGUGUACCAGAGCCUCCCCUCCACAGGGGCUUAGUUUGCCCCUGAGCUCCAGCCAUCCUGAGAGUGCAGACCCAAGCUGUAGUCCAUGCAAUACUCCUUUAUAUGACCAGGGGGGUCCAGUGGAGAUCUUGCCUUUCCUGUACCUUGGCAGUGCUUACCAUGCUUCAAGAAAAGACAUGCUGGACAUGUUGGGGAUCACCGCUCUGAUCAACGUCUCGGCCAACUGUCCCAACCACUUUGUGGACUCCUUCCUCUACAAGAGCAUCCCGGUGGAGGACAACCACAAAGCCGACAUCAGCUCCUGGUUCAGCGAGGCAAUCGAGUUUAUCGACUCGGUGAGAAAUAAAGGAGGCCGUGUGUUUGUGCACUGUCAAGCAGGCAUCUCCCGCUCCGCCACCAUUUGCCUUGCCUACCUCAUGCGGACCAACCGCGUGAAGCUGGACGAGGCCUUCGAGUUUGUCAAGCAGCGCCGCAGCAUCAUCUCCCCCAACUUCAGCUUCAUGGGUCAGCUCCUCCAGUUCGAGUCCCAGGUCCUGGCCUCGUCUACCUGCUCCUCGGAGGCGGGCAGUCCAGCAAUCGGCAACAACAGCACAGUCUUCAAUUUCCCAGUCUCGAUCCCUGUACACACCGCAGCUGGUCAGCUGUCAUUCCUCCACAGUCCCAUCACCACCUCUCCCAGCUGCUGAGGACGGUGUGGGGAGUACAGAUUUUGUUUGGACUUGAACUGAAACUCACAAGUGCCUCUGCUAAGAGCACUGCCAAAAACGCGGGCCUGAUUAUCAGCCGUUUAAUCGUGAUACUGGUAUCACUGGACAGAAUGGGAGCUAGUAUUUAGGGUCAGUUCAUUUGACUCUGUGACCUGCUGGCCAAAUGUCUGUAGGCUGGCCUCAUCAUUUCAAAGGGAGAAUAGACUACCAGCAGGCAGUACACAUGUGCCUCAUAAUGUGAAAGUUGUAAUCCUAGAUGACUUGGGAAAUGACUGAAAGGGUAGUUGAGAUUAUUCCCGUAGAGGAAGUUAAGAAGCAUCUGAGUAUUCUUUAUUCAAUGGAUCGAUUUAUUAUUAUUUUUUUUUUUUUUUUUUCAUGAAGGUAAAUGCUUUUGAUAAUCGUAUCAUUUUUAACAAAAUGGAGAGGGCUGACAGUUGUCUCAGGAAUGUUGACUUAUCCUCUCGCAUGUCCAUUUUGAUUUUUGUACUGGCUGAAGAAAGCCACGUCAACCCAUUGCCCAACAUGGCAUGGAAGUUACUCCUCCACGUGACGAACAAUGAAUGUAUCCCCCCCCUCUUUUCAGUGUAGAUGUGGCAGGAAUCUUCAUGCUCAGUUUGAGAGUUGAAUUGGUUGACAAUUCAAAUGCAAAUACCUGCCUUUCAAAGACGCCAUGAAACCUUGACGAUCCUGACGCGUUGGUGGAAAUGGACCAUUAAAUACCUCAUGUUUCUGUACUGCAGCGCUGCGACGGACGGAACCCGAAACUACUCAAAUGGGGACACGUAGUCCUCUGUGCCUGCAUUCUGACAUAUUUAUUGAACUAAAGUAAUAUAUUUUUGCAUACGUUUGUUGAAAUGUUGUUUUUAUACAUUUAAUAAAUCUAACCUGACUUUUGUA